AUGUCUCAACAACAAACACACUCAACUGCUAACCCCAACGCUCGCGAUCUCGAAAAACAACAGAACGCUUACGAUACCAAGGAAAGCUUUGGCUCGUCCGAGAAAGAACGCAGCACAGCCACCAAUGACAAGAAGAUCGACUUAGGGGUCAAGCCAGAAGACGAAAAGUUGUUGACUAUAGUGUUGAUCAUUUUCAUUCCCUGGUUAGCUGUCCUUUGGCACAAAGGCAUUGACCAACAGUUUAUCAUUACCCUUAUUUUGUCCUGUUUAUUCUGGUUACCUGGCGUCCUUUAUGCUUACUUUGUUGUCUUUAAAGAUGACUUUAAAUGA